AUGAAUGGGCCUUAUCUUAAAGAUGGCCAGGAUUCCUAUACAUCUGACCUCAGGAAACCUCCAGUGAAGAAGGUUAAUGUUUGGCCACACAGCAGCAGGUCUGGAGUUAGCAACUUGUCCCCAAACUUUAUCUUUUGCCUCUCUGUUGCCUUGCUCGGCCAAGCAGGCAUGCUCUGGGGGCACCCCCAGUGCCUGGACUACGGACCCCCUUUCCAGCCCCCUUUCCACCUGGAGUUCUGCUCUGCCUAUGAGACCUUUGGCUGCUGUGACCAGGAUAAGGACAACAGCAUUGCAGUUAAAUACUGGGAGAUCAUGGAUUACAUUGAUCCCCAGGGCCACGAGCUGUGUGGAGGGUAUAUCAAGGAUAUCCUGUGUCAGGAGUGCUCCCCAUAUGCGGCACAUCUCUAUGAUGCAGAAAACCCCCAGACACCUCUUAGGAACCUCCCAGGACUUUGCUUUGACUACUGCUCUGAGUUCCAUUUCAAUUGCCGCUCUGCUAUCACACUGCUGACUAAUGAUAAACACAUUCAAGAAUGCUGUGAGAGGAACAAAACCCGCUUCUGUAACCUCCUUAACAUACAGGACCAAGACUAUUGCUACCCCAAUGUGCUAAAAAACACAGACCUCAAUCGCAACCUGGGGUCAGUAGUGGAGGACCCCAAGGGCUGCCUUCAGCUGUGCCUGACAGAGGUUGCUAAUGGGCUGAGGAAUCCGGUACUGAUGCUCCAUGCUAAUGACAACACCCAUCGCAUGUUCGUAGCUGAACAGGUGGGGAUCAUCUGGGUCUACUUGCCUGAUGGGAGCCGAUUGGAGGAGCCCUUUCUAGAUAUUAAGAAAAUAGUGCUGGCUAGCCCAUGGAUAGGGGAUGAGAGGGGUUUCCUAGGGAUGGCUUUUCACCCCAAGCACAGACACAACAGAAAAUUUUACAUCUAUUAUUCGUACAUGGACAAGAAGAAAGCGGAGAAGAUCCGGAUCAGUGAAUUCAAAGUUUUAGCAUCUGAUGUCAACAAAGCUGAUCCACGCUCAGAAAGGAGUCUUUUGGAGCUUGAUGAACCAGCUGCAAAUCAUAACGGGGGGCAGCUCCUCUUUGGCCUGGAUGGCUGUCUGUAUCUGUUCAUCGGGGACGGAGGGAAAGCUGGGGACCCUUUUGGAAAAUUUGGGAAUGCUCAGAACAAGAGUACGUUACUAGGAAAAGUUUUACGGAUAGAUGUGAAUGGAAAAAGCCCAGAUGGAAAGCCAUAUCGCAUCCCACCAGAUAACCCCUUUGUCUCGGACCCCAAGGCUCUCCCUGAGGUCUAUGCCUACGGAGUCAGGAAUAUGUGGCGCUGUGCUGUUGACAGAGGGGACCCAGUCACUCACAAGGGACGAGGGAGAAUAUUCUGUGGUGAUGUUGGACAGAACAGGUUUGAAGAAGUUGACAUCAUUGUUAAAGGAGGGAACUACGGCUGGAGAGCUAAGGAGGGAUUUGAAUGUUAUGACAUAAAGCUUUGCUAUAAUUCCUCCUUAGAUGACAUUCUUCCGAUAUUUGCCUAUGGCCACACUGUGGGGAAGUCAGUCACUGGAGGAUACGUGUACCGGGGAUGUGAAUCCCCAAACCUGAAUGGCCUCUACAUUUUUGGUGAUUUCAUGAGUGGUCGACUUAUGGCUUUGCAGGAAGAUGAGAGGGAAAAUAAAUGGAAGAAACAAGAUAUUUGUAUUGGUAGCACUAAAGCCUGUGCUUUCCCUGGGCUGAUCAGCUCUUAUAACAAAUUCAUCAUCUCCUUUGCUGAAGACGAGGCAGGGGAGCUUUAUUUUAUGGCUACUUCUUAUCCCAGUGCCUAUGCACCCCAUGGAUCUAUCUACAAAUUUGUUGAUCCUGCAAGGAGAGCUCCACCUGGGAAAUGUAAACACAAGCCUAUUCCAGUGAAAACAAAGAGUAAGCGUAUCCCAUUUGCUCCUCUAGCAAAGACUGUCCUUGAACUGCUUAAUGAACCCCCAACAACCAAGCCUCCCAACACAUCCUCCAUCUGGACAGGAGCCACCCCAGCAACUUCUUCCAAAAAAGCCAAGAAGCCAGCUUCCCCAAAAAGCUCCACCAAGCUGUCAGCAGUGAAGCCAACUGUGUCUGGCAAAAAGAGGCAGGCCAAAGGAUCCAAGACUAAACUAGAGCUAGCAGAAGAGAAGACAAAGGCUCCAAAGGUAUCCAAAGCAUCACGUGUGACAUCUUUGCCAGACAGGAAAGGUUCCCAGCUAACCAGAGCCAAGAAGAAACUUCUCCCCAAGAAAACAGCAGCAGCUAAGGAGAAAAAACAGAAGAAAAAAGGGGCCAGGUCAAGGAGCUCCCUCUGA